GUCUCGGCGGCACGGAGCGAGCAGGGGGGUGCAGCGUGGCGACUGGUGAGAGCGGCCGCUCGCCCGACGCCUGUGUCUGGGGCUCAUUGUUCGUUGGCCACAGAGAUAAAAUGGCGUUUUGACGAAGCUACGAAUCCGUUGAAACUGGCUUGCAACUUGACGAAGAUCCCCCCGGCGUGCUACCACACCCACCACCACACUCAGCGGCCGAAUGAAUCAGCGUGUGUGUGUGUGUGUGUGUGUGUGUGUGUGAUGCUCGGCCUGUUGAUAACAAUGAUGUGUGAACAACAACAACACAUGCCCGUCCACUUCAACCACCACAUCCAUGGCUUCAUAGUUUCUUCUGACAAUAUUAGAAGAAACUGAUUCGUUGUAUUGUUGCUACUUAGCUAGCUAGUCAGUUAGGUUCUCAAUACCCCGUUAAUCUAAAGCCAACUUGUAAACAACAAUCGCGUGUGGAGCGCUCCGCCAAUGGGAGAGUUCAUCGAUGAGGAUCCCCGUGAUGUGAUUGGUCGCGUCUGAGGCCGUUUCUUUUACACCGUGUUCCAGACGGCGGCGAUGACGUCACCACUGCGCCGCGUCCUUUUAACGAAGUUGUAGGAAGUUAUUGCUGUGGAAAUAGGUCACGAUUCUUUUAAUAUUUAAUCCCCCGGCCGCGGAGAAAGUUGCUCAGUCAGCAUGUUACAACAGGUUAAAGAUCCAGGUGUGGACUGUGACCUGGAGCUCCACGUCUAUAGUCGGUCAGGCUGCAGUCAGUCCCUGUCCAGCUCCAGGCACCUGAAGUCGACAUGGCUUCCCAAAAGUCAGACACAGCCAUGUCUCCGAAGAUCACCGGAGAGCUGCUCAGGCAGCUUCGUCAGGCCAUGAGGAACUGCAAAUACUUCUCAGAUCCUAUACAGGCCUAUAUCGUCCCUUCUGGAGAUGCCCACCAGAGUGAAUACAUUGCUCCGUGUGACUGCAGACGUGAAUAUAUCUGUGGAUUUAAUGGCUCUGCAGGCACCGCCAUCGUGACAGAGCAGUAUGCUGCGAUGUGGACAGAUGGGCGAUAUUUCCUCCAGGCCAGCCAGCAGAUGGACAACAACUGGACCCUUAUGAAGAUGGGACUGAAAGAGACGCCCUCUCAGGAGGACUGGCUGAUCAGCAUCCUGCCAGAGAAUUCCAAAGUGGGAGUAGAUCCGUGGAUCUUUGCUGCUGACCAGUGGAAGAAUAUGUCCAAGGCGCUGAGCAGUGCAGGCCACUCUCUGGUGGUGGUGCAGGACAACCUGAUUGAUGCAGUUUGGACCGACCGUCCAAAAAGACCCAGCACACGCCUCCGCACCCUGGGAUUAGACUACACUGGUUUGUCCUGGCAAGACAAAAUCACCACGUUGAGAGCCAAGAUGACGGAGAGGAAAAUCAGCUGGUUUGUUGCCACGGCAUUGGACGAGAUUGCAUGGCUCUUUAACCUCCGGGGAGCUGACAUCGAGUACAACCCAGUAUUCUUUGCAUAUACCAUCGUGGGAAUGAAUACAAUAAGGCUUUUUGUGGACACAAACCGCCUCGCUGAUCCUGCUCUGAGAGACCACCUGCAGCUGGACUCUCCCAGCAAGCCUGAACUGAGCGUCCAGACGUUCCCGUACGAGUCGGUCUACGCUGAGCUCCAGGCCGUCUGUGCCGCACUCGGCCCCAAGGACAAAGUGUGGAUCUGUGACAAGGCCAGUUGUGCUCUGACGCAGGCCAUCCCCAAGGCGCACAGGACUCCAAUUCCCUACACUCCACUGUGCCUCUCCAAGGCUGUGAAGAAUGCCACUGAGGUUCAAGGCAUGAAGAUGGCCCAUAUCAAGGAUGCAGUUGCUCUUUGUGAACUCUUUGCUUGGUUGGAAAAGGAGAUUCCUGGAGGCACCGUGACAGAAAUCUCUGCUGCUGAUAAAGCUGAAGAAUUCCGCAGUCAACAGAAAGAUUUUGUCGGCCUCAGUUUCCCCACAAUCUCCAGCGUUGGUCCGAAUGGAGCAAUCAUACAUUAUAGGCCACUGCCUGAAACCAACAGAACCCUCACCAUGAAUGAAGUUUACCUGAUUGACUCUGGAGCUCAAUAUGUUGAUGGAACCACAGACGUCACACGCACCGUGCACUUUGGGACACCAUCUGCUUAUGAGAAGGAAUGCUUUACCUUCGUACUGAAGGGACACAUAGCCGUCAGCGCUGCUGUUUUCCCCAAUGGAACAAAAGGUCACCUGUUGGAUUCGUUUGCCCGCGCAGCCCUGUGGGAGUCGGGGCUGGACUACCUACACGGGACGGGCCAUGGCGUGGGCUGCUUCCUCAACGUCCACGAGGGGCCCUGCGGCAUCAGCUACAAGACCUUCGCCGAUGAGCCUCUGGAGGCCGGCAUGAUCGUCAGUGAUGAACCUGGGUACUAUGAAGAUGGAUCUUUCGGCAUUCGCCUGGAAAAUGUCGUCCUUGUUAUACCAGCAAAGCCCAAAUACAACUACAGAAACAGAGGGAGUCUGACAUUUGAGCCCCUCACUCUGGUCCCUAUCCAAGUCAAGAUGAUGAACACUCAGCUGCUCACUCAAAAGGAGCGGGACUGGGUGAACCAGUACCACAGGGAGUGCCGGGAGGUGGUGGGAGCAGAGCUGGAGAGGCAGGGCAGGAAGGAGGCACUGGAGUGGCUGGUCAGAGAGACCCAGCCAAUUGUCUGAGGACCGGUCCAAUCGCAUUGCGAUGGAUCGCCCUGCAGUGAUAAUUGUUUGUAUUCCUCAUCUUUCGCUGUGUCUCGCACUCUCGGCUUCUUUUUGUAAAGCACAUUGUAUCGGCAGUUUUAUUAAAGAUCAACGAAACUCUUGAA